AAACAGAAUGUCCUCAAUAUGUUGCUUAAGCCGGGGAGCCAAGUCCACGGCAUCGUCCAUUCCAAGACGCGCGACAUCCCCAUUCACGCACAAAAGUGCCGGGAAGAAUGCCGCCAUCGGCGUAUAGUCAUUGAGCCACUGCCUUCUAUUCCUCAUUUCCUCCUCGUCGAGCGCAAGCGCAGACUCUUGAUGUCGCAAAUUGCCGUAGACGGAAUUGCAUCUACUACCGAUAUCGUCCAAAAAGGGCAGAACAAUCGGGAGGAGGCGGACGCCUACGUUAAUGGAGCCCAUUACGGUCGGAACAAGUUCGUUUGCGCUGGUGGCCAAGGCGUCUCGAUACUUCACGGCCCUCAGCUGUACCCAGGCCAGGUAGAGUUCGCCUAGUGGGUCAAGAAGAACCUGGCGCAGUUUGGUGGCGUCGUCGCAGAGAGUUGGGUAUAUGUACUGCAUAAGACCGCAUCGUCUGCGCAAUACUUUAGCUACCAGCCUCGCAGAGUCCCAAUGGUUGUUCCAUAGAAAGAGACGC